AUGAGUUCUCAUCCAUGCAUCUUAUGUAAACGCAGACGAAUAAUAUGUCAUGGUAAUUGCGAAUUUGGUCAAUACUUUCCUGCUAAUAGGUCUGAAGAAUUUGAUAAUGCUUGUAGCCACUUUGGCUUAAGCAAUAUACUUCGUAACCUACAAGCUGUCCGACCACAUGAGAGACAAGCUACUGCUGAAUCCUUACUUAUUGAGGGUACAAUGUGGACAAAUGAUCCAGUUCGUGGCGGUCUCGGUGUUGUCUUGGAUCUAGAAUCCCAAAUAUCAUCUUCUUUGAUUGAAUUAGAUACUUUAAAAAAACUUCUCAAGUUUUAUAGAGAUCAAGCAAGCUCAUCAAACCUGAAGACUUCAACAACUUCUCCUAUUCAACCACAGAUUAACACAAUCGUUGCUUCCUCUAGCACCCAGAUACCAAACUUGGCUGAAACUACAAUUGAUCCAUUGCCUAGCAUGAAUAUCAACAACACUCAUGAAAAAGGACAAUCAAGCACUAUGGCAUUGAAGGGCAAAAUGAUUGUUGAAGAUAAAGAGUCAGAGACCGAUGACGAAGAGGAAACAUUAAUUGAAAGGAAGAUUGAAAAAAGAAGACUAGAAUCAUAUGUUCAUGCUGGUAGGGUAUUUGGUGGUGAGGAUCUUGUUUAG